CAGAACAGUGUGUGCUUAGCCAGUGGAAUGACAGCUAUGGAUCACAAACAUCAGUGUGUGGCACUAAAUGAUGGACAUUUCAUUCCUGUACUAGGAUUUGGUACCACUGUACCUGAUAAGGUUCCUAAGAGUGAGGUAAUAAAGGCCACCAAAUUAGCAAUAGAAGCUGGGUUCCGCCAUAUUGAUUCUGCUUAUGUAUACCAAGUAGAAGAGGAGGUAGGACUGGCCAUUAGAAGCAAGAUUGAAGAUGGAACUGUGAAGAGAGAAGACAUAUUCUACACUUCAAAG